GGUCCUGUCCCAGAGGGCCUGAUCCGCCUCUACAGCAUGAGGUUCUGCCCCCACGCGCACAGGACGCGCCUGGUCCUCCGGGCCAAAGGCAUCAGACAUGAAGUCAUCAACAUUAACCUGAGAAACAAGCCUGAAUGGUUCUUUACAAAGCACCCUUUUGGCCAAAUUCCUGUCCUGGAGAACAGCAAAUGUCAACUGAUCUAUGACUCUGCCAUUGCUUGUGAGUACCUGGAUGACGCUUACCCUGGAAGGAAGCUGUAUCCAUGUGACCCUUAUGAGCGAGCUCGCCAAAAGAUGUUAUUGGAGCUAUUCUACAAGGUCCCACAUUUGACCAAGAUGUGUCUGAUAGCAUCGAGACGUGGGAGAGAACGCGUUGAUCUGAAGGUAGCCCUGCGUCAGGAGUUCUGCAACCUGGAAGAGAUUCUUGGCUAUCAGAACACCAUCUUCUUCGCUGGAGACUGUAUAUCCAUGAUUGAUUACCUCUUUUGGCCUUGGUUUGAGCGGCUGGAUGUAUAUGGAGUAGCCGACUGUGUGAACCACACCCCUGCACUCCAGCUCUGGAUCGCAGCCAUGAAGCAGGACCCCACAGUACGUGCUCUUCUCAUAGAUAAGAACAUCUUCCUCGGCUUCUUGGAUCUCUAUUUUCAGAACAACCCCGAUGCCUUUGACUAUGGGCUAAGUUGCUGA